AUGAGUCUAGAGGUCGUGGAUGCCACGGCUGAAGCACUGCCGCUGGAGUUGCUGAACGCGGUUAACAAGGAACUUACCGCGCAACUCUCACGCCAUGAAGAAAUACACGACGGACAUGUUCGCGAAAUUCAAGACCAGCGGCGCCGUCUGGAGUUCGUGAAAGAACACCUGGCCAAUGUGCGUGGCGAAAUUGUAAAUACGCAAGCCCUAGCUGACAGUAAAAGGCGCGAAAUGGAGUCCGAGUCGCACAUGUACCGGCUCCUUCUUCGUGAGUGCGGUAGGCUCAAGCAGAGUCAGAUGCAAAUGCAGGCGGAGCAGGCAGAUGUGCAAGAGAGGCUGCAGGUCGUGCAGGACCGCUUAUUCACGGAGAAUCUCCGCAUGGCGGAGCUGAAGAGUUCUAUGGCGUACAAUCAGGAGGCGCUUGAGCAGUGGGACGCGGCACGCCAACAAAAGGAGUCGGAUGAAGCGGCUGUUGCGCGGUAUGCGAAAGAUGAUGCGGUAAAGUUACGCCAACUCGACAUUGCAGUUGAGCGGCAUGAGGCGCAGUUGCGCGAGCGACGAAGACAACUUCAGGAUGAGGUCGCAGUUAUGCGCAGUGUGCAGUUGGAACUCAACCGCGUGGCGACAGACUACCGGCGCCAACACAAAGAGCGCGGUGACUUAAUCGAUGAGUGGGAGCGCGUUGUGAAGGAGAUCCGCGAGCGUGACAAUUCCAUCCGAGCAGCAGCCCAGCAGUACGCGGAAGGGGCUGAAUGGAUUGAGCAGCGGCGCGUAGCACUGAAAAAGUUGCACGAUGACUACGACGCUGCGCGUGCGGAGGAGGCACUCAUGCAAGCGGGCAUUGAGGAGCGCGAGCACCGUGCGGAGAAGAGCCGCCAAACCCGAUCAUCACUGGAAACGCAUGUCACUGGAUUGGAGAAUGAGGUGGAAACAAUACGAGAGGAACUUGGACGCUCCAUAAAGGAGCGCAACAACGCCCGUAUCCGUUUGGAGCAGUCAAAGGUGGCAGUGCGCGACAAAACAGCAGCUCACGAACGUCUCACGGCUAAAAGGGAUGACUUGAAAGAACAGAAGAGUAGCGUGUACAGUAAGGGAGCGGAUCUUUCGACGCAGUUGGCCACGAUAGGCAGGCUCUUCAAGGAGGCGCAGGAUGCUGAAAAGCAGAUGGAUAAGGAGACUGAAAUGUUGAAGAAAGAAAAUUUUACGAUGAGUGAGAGGCUCAAAGAAGUGCGCCGGGAACAAUCAGAUCUUCUCGCGGAGAUAAGUGGUGGGCAACUGCAAGCUCAGAAUCUGAGGACCAAAAUCGGGCAACUCGACGGCCAGUACUUUGCGCAGCAGCAGCUGCUUUACGCUGUAGAGUUUUCCGUUCAGCAGAUGCAGCGGAAAGUUAACCGCGCCAAGGGUGAGCGGUCCUUGGAUGAGCGCAACAAGCUGCAAGAAAAAAUAGCAACUUUGCAGAAUACAUUAGCCGACUUAAUGAAACAGCAGCGCGCAAUGGAGAUUCAGGUUAAGCGUGUGCGCGAAGAAACGUGGCACGCCAAUGUCGAGUUGGAACGGGUCACUUCGGAGAAAAAAAUUGCAGCGGAGAAGUUGUUGCAGCUUACUCUAGGUUGCGACAGCUGCACUGCCGAACUGACAAAGCUUCGCAAACAACACGAAGAGAAGUUGGUGCUUGUUGACACUCAAGAGCUGCAAUUACAGGAUCUGAAGCGCACAUUGCAUCAGCGGAACGGUGAGCUCGGUAGUCUCGCCGAGCGCAAACGACAGUUAACAUGUGACAUCGCGGAGCGGCUUUCUGAGAUUGCCGUGCAUCAUGAUAUGAUGAAGAUGGAGGCUAAACUCGUAGAGGAGCAGCGGCGGCGUCUUGCAUCAGAUUUGCGAGAGAGGCAAAAGUCACUGGCCGGUCUUCGGAACCGUUACGACGUUCAGCUCGUGCGUCUUGAUCCUGAGAAGGUGAAUUGGACCCCAGCGCAAGUUGUUAUGGAGGCAGCGCGCGAGCGGGAGGAUUUGCAAUUGCGUGGUGACACCUUAGAUGUCCGCGUGAGCCGAAUGGAACGGGAGAUGGAUAAGUUGAAACGGACGCUAAGUGUCAUUCGCGCGAGCAAUUCGAACUACCGUCACAUGUUUGAUCCCGUGCCGGAGAGUCACGACAUGGUAAAAAUGCGCAUAGCACUCCAACAACAGCAACGAGACUUAAAGGCAGCUGUGAGUCGACGCGUGAUGGAGCUGAAUGAUUACCAGCAGGUAAUGGAAAGCAAGGAGCAAGACCUCCGUCAGAUCAUAGAGAAAAGAGAGCGGGUGCGAGCUACCAUGGAAAACCUGCAGAAGGCAUGCGAGCAGGUACAUGAAGGGAUUAUGCAAGCCCGGGAGACAGUUAUUCGCUACACCCAGACCAUACAGAAGGCAAGCGCCAACGUGCCACCGGAGGUUUUGGCUGAUGUCGAACUCCAGGAGAAGCGCGACAUGUUCAACAGUGCGUUGGGUCGUUUGCUGCAGUUGGCACAACAGCAUGGUGAUGAAGUUCGCCACCAUGUGCAAACCUUGCUGGCCAGCCGUCUUGUAAUUGAGUAG